GCGUCGACUUGCAACAGUCGCAUCUUGAUCAUGUCCACGGUCGCACCAGCAGCGCCCGUCGACCAUCGCCACCCGUUGAAUCUGCCAAACCCAUUUUUGAAUUUUGCGCGCUAAAAAUUUGAAAAGAUAAAAUAAGAAUUGAAUCGGGGACCGAUGCGCGACAGUGGCGCUAGUUGACAAAUUCCGUUCGAUUCCAUCAUCGAGGAAAGAAAAAGAAAACAAAAAAAAAACUUUCGGGUCUAAAAGAGAAAAAGAAAUUCCGCCAGUGUCUUUGGGUGCGUGCGUGAGCGCGUCGUUUUGUUUCGGCGUGUGUGUGUGGCUGUGGCGUGUGUGAGUGUGUGAGAGUGCUUGUUUGAGUGUGUAAUAUUAUUGUUGGUGCACGCGCGCGCGAGGGAUUCUCUCCAGUCGUCUUGUCUCGGCGUCCGGAGCGAGGCGGUCCCUUUCCACACAGCCCGUGAGUCCCGCGUCCGUUCCGUCCGUGUAUCUGCCGAGAGUCUUCCCAGUUUGAUUUGGGUUUGGUUGUUCGUGAACGACCGAAUCAGAGCGAUGCAACACCGAAGGCUGACCCUAUCGGCCUUCCUGGCCGUCCUCCACUGUCUCCUGGACGGCCAGCACUUGGCCCUGGCCAAAUCCAACGGCAACGGCCAGCAGAAUUACGGAUCCUUCAGCGGCAGCGGAUUAGAUCAAGACGGAGGACUCCAACCAGCUGUCGGAGGACCGAAUGUCUGUCGGUCGCGUUAUCGCAACUACUGCUGCCCUGGAUGGACGCUGAGGCCAAGCACUGGACUCUGUAUCAUCCCAAUCUGCACCCGACCGUGUGGCGGCCGCUGCGUUCGGCCCAACGUCUGUAACGGCGGUAACGACGGCAAUGGCGGCAACGGCGCAAUUGAUGGAGGUUCAUCAUCGUCUUCUGCGGCCAAUUCGUGCCCGAAUCUUUGCCAAAACGGAGGGUCGUGCAUCGGUAAAAAAUGCGUCUGCCGUCCGGGAUUCUCCGGAGAGGCUUGCGAAGAUGGUGUUUGCACUGAGCCGUGUUUGAACGGAGGGCGUUGUAUCGGUCCCGACCGCUGCGCUUGUGUUUACGGAUUCACCGGACGACGCUGCGAGGCUGAUUACAGGACGGGUCCGUGUUUCACGAAAAUCAACAAUGACAUGUGCCAGGGGCAGCUGCAGGGUGUUGUCUGCACGAAGCAGCUUUGUUGCGCAACCGUGGGCAAGGCUUGGGGCCACCCGUGCGAACAAUGUCCAGUGAAACUCGACUGUGACAAAGGAUUUCUCCGCAAUAUCCACAGCGGCCAAUGUGUUGAUAUCGACGAGUGUGAAGCUAUUCCGGCGCUGUGCGAGGGUGGAACGUGCGUCAACACGAUCGGUUCAUUCCGUUGCAAUUGCCCCCCUGGGCAGGAACGAGAUGAAGAAACAAAUGAAUGCCGUGAAGCAGACGAAUGUCAACAAGAAGGCGUCUGCGACAAUGGCCAAUGUGUCAACACCGAUAAUGGCUACUACUGCAUCUGCAAUAAAGGAUUCAUUUCCAGCCAGGAUCGAAAGCAUUGCAUAGAUGCUCGACGAGGCAAUUGUUUCACCACCAUCGGUCGUAAUGGCCAAUGCCGUAACAAAUUGGCCAUCAAAUUGACCAAGAAAGAUUGCUGCUGUGGCAUCAACAUGGGCAAAGGCUGGGGCGACAAUGGCGUCUGCGAAAUGUGCCCAUUAGUCUCAGAUGACACUUAUGCCCAGCUGUGCCAAGAAGCCGGCCACUUGAGUAAAAUCAACGAAUGCAUUCUGAGACCGGACAUUUGCGGUGCCGGUAAAUGCAUCGACACUCCGGACGGUUACAAAUGUGAAUGCAAACCGGGUUACGAUGUCGGUCCCACUGGCAUUUGUGAAGACAUUGAUGAGUGUAAAUUGAAGGGAUACUGUCAGGGUGGCCAGUGCACCAAUCUCGUUGGUAGUUACACCUGCUCCUGUCCGCCCGGUUUCGACCUGAGCUCCGAUGGCAAACAAUGUUUAGAUCACGACGAGUGCGGAGAGACGGGAAUGUGCGCCCACGGAAUUUGCAUCAACAUGGACGGCUCCUUCAAGUGCCAAUGUCAAGAAGGAUACGCCCUUUCACCAUCUGGGCACUCGUGCGUUGAUUUGGACGAAUGCGCCGAAAAUCCGCGCAUUUGUUUGAACGGCCGCUGUGAGAAUAUCCCCGGCUCUUUCGAGUGCGUUUGCGAGGAAGGAUUUUCCAGCUCGGCCGUUGGACCGUUUUGCGUCGACAUGGACGAGUGCGGACAGACGGGAAUGUGCGACAACGGAAAAUGCAUCAACAUGGACGGAUCCUUCAAAUGCGUCUGCGAUUCCGGCUACAAAUUGUCGUCGGACGGAAAGACUUGCAUCGAUAUCGACGAGUGUAACCAAAAUCCUUGUCAAAACGGAAUCUGCCUCAAUUCGGCCGGCAGCUUCAAAUGCGAAUGUCCACCGGGACUCGUCCUGGGAAUAGACGGACGCACUUGUCUGGAUUCCAGACGCGACGUCUGCUACGCCCACUUCCGCGACGGCCAGUGCCUCAAUCCAUCAACUUCAAUGGUGACCAAAUCCAGCUGCUGCUGUUGCACAGUAAUCCUUGGCCAGCCCAUGGGCUGGGGCACACCUUGUCAAGCUUGUCCUCAGCCGGACAGUGAAGAAUUUGAACAACUUUGUCCGUUCGGCUCGGGCAAAACUCACAGCGGAGACGAUAUCAACGAAUGCGCUCAGAAUCCCAACAUUUGCACGAACGGAGCCUGCGAGAACUUGCUGGGCACAUAUCGUUGUAUUUGCAAUCCCGGAUACCAAGUGGACAGUUCCGGCAAAACUUGCACGGACAUCAACGAAUGCGCCGUCGACAAUCUCCUCUGCGACGGGGGACAGUGUCGUAACACCCCGGGCAGUUUCCAAUGUAUCUGUCCGACUGGAACGCAAUUGAACACGGCCACUAAUGUCUGCGAGGAUGUCGACGAAUGUCGAGAGCUGGGCAUCGACGCCUGCGCCAACGGCCAGUGUGUCAACAUGAUGGGAAGUUACCGCUGCGAAUGUGCCGAUGGAGCCGUGCUGGACAAUACCGGACGUGUUUGUAUUGAUAACCGCAAAGGUUCGUGCUGGACCAAAGUGGUGGACGGCCGGUGCGAGAACAACCUGCCCCGUUUGACGUUGAAAUCCGAGUGCUGCUGCUCAGUCGGCCUGGCCUGGGGCAGUCCGUGCGAGAUGUGCAACACGAUCGAGUGCGACUGCCCGAUCGGCUACGCCAAAGUGGACGGCAAGACGUGCACGGACGUCAACGAGUGCGACCUGAACCCGGGCAUCUGCAAGGGCGGCGGCAUCUGCGUCAACACGGAGGGAUCCUUCACCUGCACCUGCCCGCCGGGACUGACGCUGGACGAGACGGCCACCCGGUGCAUCGACCAGCGCCAGGAGCCCUGCUACCUCGACUACCGCCACGGCAUCUGCACCAAGGAGCUGGAGGGCCACUACCUGAGGAGCGUCUGCUGCUGCAGCAUCGGCAAAGCCUGGGGCCACGCCUGCGACUCUUGCCCCAAGCCGGGCUCGCCCACCUUCGAGGAACUCUGCCCAAAAGGCCACGGCUACGUCGACCGCAAGGACAUCAACGAGUGCACGACCUUCUCCGACAUGUGCGAUCACGGCCGCUGCAAGAACAGCAUCGGCAGUUUCAACUGCCGCUGUAACCAAGGCUACGCCCUCGACGAAGACGGCAUCAAAUGCAAUGAUAUCGACGAGUGUAACAUCAUGAGGGGAGUUUGCGGCAACGGAACGUGUCAAAACACCAACGGCAGUUUCACCUGCGAUUGCGAGGAAGGUUACGAGAGCACGAUGAUGAUGCAAAUCUGCAUGGAUAUCGACGAGUGCCAACGCACCCCCGGAUUGUGCCGCGGCGGUAAAUGUAUCAACACUCCCGGUAGCUUCCGUUGCGAGUGCCCACCCGGUCACGAACUGGCUCCCAAUCGACGCUCUUGCAAAGAUAUCGAUGAAUGUUCCCGUACUAGCGGCAUCUGCUCCAACGGUGUCUGUGAGAACAUGAUGGGAACUUACCAGUGCGUCUGUAACGACGGCUACCAGCAAACCGGCCAGAAAUCUCAUUGCGAAGAUCUUGACGAGUGCAACGUCAACAACGGAGGCUGCGACGACAAUUGCAUGAACACGCCGGGCAGUUUCUCUUGCGCUUGCAGUGCGGGUUACAUGCUGCUGAUGGACGGAAGAAGCUGCGCCGAUAUUGACGAGUGCAAAGAGAAUCCGCGCAUCUGCAACGGUGGCAAAUGUACCAACACGCCGGGCAGUUACCUGUGCUCCUGUCAAGGCGGUUUGACCACGUCUUCCGAUGGAAUCACUUGCGAAGAUAUUGACGAGUGUACGACGGCCGGCAUGUGCCUCAACGGCGAAUGCGACAACACGCUAGGAUCGUACAAAUGUCGCUGCGAGGAGGGCUACUCCGUCAAGGACGACGGCCCGGGCUGCACGGACGACGACGAGUGCCUGUUGGGCACGUUCAACUGUGACGUCAACGCCGAGUGCAACAACACCGAGGGCGGGUACGAGUGCCGCUGCCGCGAGGGAUUCACGGGCAACGGCGCUGUUUGUCGUGACAUUAAUGAAUGUUUAACCAACAAUGGCGGCUGCGAUCAGGACGCCCAAUGCAUCAACACUGAAGGAUCCUUCAAGUGCGUCUGCGACUCGGGAUUCAGCGGGAACGGCUACGUCUGUCAAGACAUUGACGAAUGCUCCAACGAUCCCACCUUGUGUGAGAACGGCCAGUGUCUCAACUACCCAGGAUCGUUCCGCUGCGAGUGCGAGAUGGGUUUCAUGCAUCCGGAUGAGCGCAAUGAACAAUCCUGCGUCGAUAUCGACGAGUGUCAAAUGUUCAGCAAUCUCUGCGUUUUCGGCAAAUGCGAAAACAUUUACGGCAUGUUCCGCUGCAUCUGCGACAAGGGAUUCACGCUGGAUGAAUCCGGUGGCAACUGUACGGAUAUCGACGAGUGCGAGAACCCGCAGGCUUGCCAGUACGGAAACUGCAUUAACUCCCAGGGCAGUUACGUCUGUCAGUGUCCACCACAUCACGAGCUGAUCCCAUCGCAGAACGGAUGCGUCGACAAACGCGUGGGAUCUUGUUUCCUGGAUGUCCAGCAAACGCCAGCCGGUCGUAACGUUUGCACGAACAAUGUGGACGACAUGGUUUCUCGAUCCACCUGCUGUUGCUCCGUCGGUAAGGCCUGGGGACCGCAGUGUGAAAUUUGCCCAGCUCCAGACUCUGACGAAUUGAAAGCCUUGUGCCCGGCUGGAUCUGGAUUCAGACCCAACAUGAUAACCGUCGUUUUGGAAGACAUUGACGAGUGUUCGGAAAUGGAUAACUUGUGCAAAGAUGGUCGCUGCUCCAACACCUUUGGCAGUUUCAUGUGCACCUGCAACGACGGAUACCAGAUCGAUGAAGCCAACGCCAUGUGUGUUGAUAUUGACGAGUGCGCUCAAGAUCCGUUGAUUUGCGGUGUCGGCACUUGUGUCAACACGGACGGCGGAUAUAAUUGCAUCUGCCCCGAGGGAUACGUCCUCCUUCCUGGAGGGAAGGAAUGCGUCGACAUGCGCAAGGAGCUUUGCUACAUGAACUUCACCAACAACGCUUGCGGAAGUCCCAUGAUGCAGCCGCAAACUCGAAUGGUUUGCUGUUGUUCCAUGGGCGCUGGAUGGGGCAAGAACUGCGAAGAGUGUCCUAAACAAGGAUCUCGAGAAUAUCUGACCUUGUGCGGUAAUCGACCCGGAUCCAUCAUCGAUCCAAUGACGGGCGUGUCCAAGGAGAUCGACGAAUGUACGCUGAUGCCCCAAAUGUGCCAAAAUGGUAUCUGCAUGAAUGUGCCCGGCAGUUUCAAAUGCGAGUGCAAUCGCGGCUACAUCUACGACGAAGAUGCUCACCAGUGCAUUGAUGAUAACGAAUGCAACCGACUACCCAGUCCUUGCCGUGGAAACGCCCAGUGUGUCAACACUCCAGGAAGCUUCGAAUGCGCUUGUCCAGAUGGUUACAAACUCGGCAUCACUGGCCGAGAUUGCGCUGAUAUUGACGAGUGUCGCGAUCGGCCCGGUAUUUGCAACAACGGCGAGUGUAACAAUUUCCAGGGUUCGUUCCAGUGCGUCUGCCGCAGCGGCUACACUCUGACACCCGGCCGUGAUUCUUGUGUCGACAUUGACGAAUGCCAACGCAAUCCCAACAUUUGCAACAACGGCACCUGCCUCAACACUCUCGGCUCCUACAAGUGCCAUUGCUACUCGGGUUUCAAACUCAGUCCCAACAACGAUUGCGCCGAUGUUGACGAGUGUCGUCUACUCCUUGGCAUCUGUCGAAACGGUCGUUGCCGUAACACCGUGGGAUCUUUCUCUUGUGAAUGCGCUGAUGGCUACACGCUCACCGACGACGGACAAAACUGUCGGGACAUUAACGAGUGCACAGAGCUUCCUGGAACAUGUCCAGCUCCAGGAAAAUGUCAGAAUUUGAUGGGAUCAUUUGUGUGUUCCUGUCCAGCGGGAUACGAGUUAAUGCCCGAUGGCAACACUUGCGCAGAUGUUAACGAGUGUCUUGUGGAUGAAAAUCUGUGCGACGAGGGAGAUUGUAUCAAUACGGAAGGAAGUUUCAAGUGCGAAUGUCCUAGCGGCUACGUCCUGAGCAGCGACGGCAAGAAAUGUGUCGACGUCCGCGAGGAACUUUGUUUCAACACUUUCCGUAACGGAGGACGCGGCAGCUGCGCAGAUCCUAGAAUGACGGCCAUGACCAAGACCCAAUGUUGUUGUACUAUGGGAGGCGCUUGGGGCAACGCCUGCGAAAAAUGCCCGUCUGAAGGAUCCCCCGAGUUUGAGAAACUUUGCCCAAGUGGAGCCGGUCGCGGACCUAAAGGAGAGGAUCUCAACGAGUGCAGUGUCAUGCCGGGCAUUUGCGAAGGUGGCGAGUGUGUCAAUACCGACGGAUCCUUCCGCUGCGAAUGCCCAAUGGGCUUCGUAUUGGACAGCAGCGGCGUCAAAUGCGUCGAUGAUAACGAAUGCGCCGUGUCCAACAUUUGCCGGAACGGUACCUGCACCAAUGUGGAGGGUGGAUUCGAAUGCGACUGCACGGAUGGAUUCGCUCCGGGACCCAUGCAAAUCUGCGAGGACGUUGACGAGUGCCAAGAAAUUGGCCACCAGUGCGCCUUCCGUUGCCACAACGUGCCGGGCUCCUUCCGUUGCAUUUGCCCGUACGGCUACACUUUGGCCGCAGAUGGCCGACACUGUCAAGACGUGGACGAAUGCUCCACUCCGGCCAACAACUGCAAAUUCGCCUGCAAGAACCUCAUCGGCUCGUUCAUGUGCAUCUGCCCGGAAGGCUACACUCAAGUGGGCAUGACGGACGACUGUCGAGACGUUAAUGAAUGCGCCGCCAACGGCAACUUGUGCAAGAAUGGACAUUGCGUCAACACCAAAGGAUCGUACAAAUGCGAAUGCUACGAAGGAUUCGAAGUCAGCUCCGACGGAAAAUCCUGCAUCGAUCGUCGAACUGGAUAUUGCUUCCGUCAAUUAAUGAGCGGAAUGUGCACAACGCAUACGGACGGACUGAUGCAGGUGACCAAGGCCGAUUGUUGCUGUACAAUGGGAGCGGCUUGGGGACCCAUGUGCGAACAUUGUCCUCGUAAAGGCAGCGAAGAGUACGAGGAAUUGUGUCUCGAAGUUGGUUAUUCCGUCGACGGACACGAUAUCGACGAAUGCAACACGAUUCCCAACUUGUGUCGCAAUGGACGAUGCAUCAACACCUUAGGGUCGUAUCGUUGCAUGUGUAACAAGGGAUAUCGACCGGAUCACAGCGGAACUCGAUGCAUAGACGUCAACGAGUGCGAACUGACACCACCGCCGUGCAAGUUUACGUGCAUGAACACGGAGGGCAGUUUCAUCUGCUCCUGUCCGAAAGGAUAUGUCCUUAAUCCCGAUGGAGUCUCUUGUCGAGAUCUGGAUGAGUGCGCCACCGGCCAGCACAACUGCGAGCACGAAUGUCUCAACACCCCCGGAAGCUACAAGUGUAUCUGUCCUAAAGGAUAUUCGCAAGUCAACGACAAAUGCAUUGAUGUCAACGAGUGCGUCGAACAACCGGGCGUUUGCAUUUCCCCGGCCCAGUGCAUCAACACACUCGGCAGUUUCAAGUGUUUGUGUCCUCGCGGCUUCCAACUGGACCAAACUGGCAAUCAGUGUGUGGAUAACGACGAGUGUAUGGAUGACAGUAGAUGCCAGAACGGAUGCCAGAACACGAUGGGAAGCUACCGCUGCGCCUGCCCCGAUGGCUACGUCCAGCACCCGUACUACAGCCAGUGCAUCGAUGAUAACGAGUGUCAGCAAAUGUCACCUUGCGGAAAUGCAAACUGCCAAAACACUCUUGGAAGCUAUCGCUGUGCUUGCCCCGAUGGCUAUCAGUUCGACGGGCUUUUGCUCGUUUGUGUCCAGGUUAGUAGCGGUUGCUCGAAUAGUCCGUGUGCCUUUGGAUGUUCUCCGAUAGGAAACAGUGGAUUUAGCUGCGGAUGUCCUUCCGGAUACCAACGAAUUGCUCAAGGACAUUGUAUUUCGACGAUAACGCCAAUCAACAACGGCGGAUUCAACGGGGACGGACAAGAAUACGGCCCCAACGGUUUAGAUCCGUACAACAAUUCAAAGGAGAAAAUCAUCUCCACCGAGGGCUGCUUCUCUUGCAAGGUCAACGGCGUCGGUCCAAGAGGCAAACGAAGCAUCAAUUCUAAAAGCAAUUCGACUAAUGUUCAGAACGGUUUCAGCGAACCAACCAAUGCGACUGCCGUUCUGAACAGUUUCGCCGAACCGCUGAAUACCAGCCAACCAUUGGCCAUUCGAGUUUCGCUGGAUCAAACCAAACAUCGCACCAAUAUCAUUCAGCUUCAACCGGCUUUCCGUAACAUGAGGGAGCAAAUCGAGUACGUGAUCGCCAAAGGCAACGAAGGAAACCAAUUUGAGCUUCGCAAGAGGCACGGAUUCUGGAGUUUGAAUUUCCGACGCCGUCUCAAGAAGGAAGGCCGUUUCGAAGUUGAAAUUCGCGCCGUGAAUGAUGACGCCGAACAGCUGGAAGAGGUCGACGAGUCACUCGACUUCAACGUUCAUAUUCAUGUCGAUCCUUAAAAAGCAUAAAGAUACUUUUUCUUGCCACAAGUGGCGAAAUUUUUUGCCAAAAACAAGAGAAUGAAAGAGAAAUCAUUUCUUGUUGAUUAAAAGAAAAAAAAAGAAAAAAAAAACAACAAACAUUUUUCGUUUCCCUUUUAUUAUGUCACAUCCGGUGUCUGAUUAUUUGUCUCUUCCUAUACGUUCAAGUUGUUCAAAACUUUUCAAUCAAUAAAAUUUUCCUUUCCACCUUUCUUGCACACUUUCCAAACUUACAAAACUUCCCACUGCCAGUCCGUAAUCGUGUCCCGAGACACUUGGCUGUCAUCGAGAGUGCUCCAUUUUCUCUUUUAAACGCACCAAAUUUGCCUUAUUGCAACUUCCAAAAUUAGUGUUUUGACCAUAUGGGACCUAUGCUCUGUUCACCCAGUAUAUCUAACUCUGAUGAUAUGAUAACAAUGUAAAUAAUCUGCCUUGUGUUCCAACAGUUUUAACUUUUCUCCCGACCCCCCUUGGAACUAUUAAAGUAAUGUGCCUUUGUAGAGGAUUUAGAAGUCCUGCUUCUAGAAUGCCGCUGCUUAGUACUACAUGCAGGAGUGAUCCUUUUAUUUCAUCUUAUAAUUAACUCCUCUGUUAUGACCCACAUAAAUACUAAUGUCCUGUCACACAAAACUUUGGAAGGCGUGCUAUAUCAGAUUCGUGGAAUAUACAAGCAGUCUUUCCUCA